AACACGUUCUCAACACAUAUAAUACAAUGAGUUUUGUGUGUGUUUUCUCUCUCACUAGUUGUUGUCAAACGAGAGAAAACAAAAUAACUAAUUAAAUACUACGAGAAAAAAGUUUGCGACAAAAAGUUUUACACAUAUUUUGCGACAGAAUAUUCUCAACCGAAACACAAAAACUAUGUUAAGAUUGGCGAUGAAAAGUGUCUCCUGUGUUAUUAAUUGUGUUUGGUUUCAGUUACUAGUAAUUAGUGUACAAAUGAUGGCAUUUAUAGUGUGUGAUAGUAAUCAUAAUCAAACCCAUUAUGAGUUUAUGGCAAAUCAAUUGUUCAGCAACUCGUCGCUACUGGAUAUCAAACGGUUCGCGUUUGAGUACAAUUCAAACAAAACGGUAAACAUUUGCGAUACAAUCGAUUGCAACAUAAAUCUCGCAUUUUGUGAACUCAACCAAUGCUUGGGAAUGAAGGAUAUGGGGAAACUCCACUACGCGGUCACCUGUAUUAUAGUAGCCGGUGUUAUCGUCCUACUGAUGGCCACGAUAUACGCCUGUCAUAAGGAAAACAAGAGAUCAAUUCAAUGGCGAACAGCACACAACCGGUGCGAACAGCAUAGGGAGCAGAUGAUGACACUCCGGAUAUUACAGACACUGAUCCCGCAAAAUAGGGACGCCUUCCGACCCUAUCCCGAGGCCAUACCCCUUCAUAUGCCCAAUGAGGCGCCGCCACCCUAUCAGCUCCACUACACACCGCCCCCCGAGUAUCGGGAGGCCACCCGACACCACCACCCGGACACUGAACAACCAAAAUAAUGUAUAAUAUUAGCCAUAAGUAAACUCAGCAACUAGAAAAUUAUUUCAAACACAUUCAUAAAUCACUUUUCAAUAGCUAUUUAUUCAUAUUAUAUUAUAUCUAAUAUUAUAUAAGAACUCAUUUAAGAAACAUAUUUAUAGAGAAUAUUUGCAAACACUUAAUAAAAUGUAUAUAAAAACACGUG